CUGCCGCUGUUUCAUCUGGCAGAAGAAGAAAAGAAGAGCUUUUUAACUUGACUCCAGAGGGCAGCAAGUUAUCUUGUCCUCCAAAAUGUCUCAGCUACAGCAGCUGAAACUCUUCGUCAGUGAGCGACUGGCAGCGGCAGCAGAGGAGAUCUUCGGUGCUGUGGAAAGAACAAUAUUGGAAUGUCGUAAUGACAUUUAUUUGUCAAAGGGGGAUAAACAUAACAUGCUGCUAACGCUAGCUGAAGGUUUGAAGCGGGAAGAGAUGCUCACAGCAGUCUCCCAGGAGGUCAGCAGGACUGAAGCAGAGGCCUCCAUGCAGCCCUCACACACUGAAUACUGUCAGGUGUUGGUGAAGCAGGAAACAUCAGGACCAGGAUUUCCAGAGUCUCAGGAGCACUGGCCUGGCCACGAUGAAGAGACACUGCAGGACCUGUUAGAAAGUGAUGCUGUUGCUUGCUCGAUAUAUGGACAGAGCACUGAUUCAUCUUCUUUUUGUCGGACCAAAACUGUGGCCGAUGGAGAGGGGGAUACUCUUCCUGGCCCUUCAACUGAGUGGAUAAAAACAGAGGAAGAAGCAGAUGGCUAUGGAGGGUCAGAAUUCUUGCAGCCUCUCUCUUCAGAAAGUGUGGAUGGAAAUGAUACCAGUGAUCCCAGCUCGAAUGUCAAAGAACAAACAAAUCAGAGCGCUUUUUGUUGUAAGUUGUGUGGAAAAUCUUUUGACCUCAGAAGUUCAUUAAUGAUGCAUGUUAAUACACACACAAACAAUGCAGCCAUUCUCUGUCCUUCAAAGCAUGCAACGUCUGCAGGAAGCUAUGUAGAACCCCUAGAAUCACACAGGGAGGACAACCCGGAGGACACUCUGUGUUACAUCUGUGGAAAAACAUUUAGCAGGAAGUGCCAUUUAAAAAGACACAUGCUGAUUCACACGGGUCAGAAACCACACAGUUGUAAAGACUGUGGCAAAACAUUUGCACGAGUUGAAUGUCUGAGGGUACACAUGAGGGUCCACACAGUGGAGAGACCUUAUGCAUGUGACUUCUGCGGGAGAGGUUUCAGGCAGAGGAGCAACAUGAUAUAUCACAUAAGAACACACACAGGAGAGAAACCCCAUCGCUGUAGCAUCUGCUCCAGGUCAUUUGCAUAUAAGAAGGACAUGAUCAGACACAUGCAGGUCCACACCAAGAAAAAGUGAAAUCCCAUUGUGAGGUUUAAUUUAUGAUAAUAGAAGAAUCAGCUAUUGGGGAUGUACUCGGGUCCAUCUUAUUGUUUGCCACAUUUUUCUUAAGAUAACUGUCCAUAUGUUGAUGGUGUGACAUCAUAUCUGGAUAUUUUCCAUCCAGUUGAUUUGUACACAAAUACAUUUCACCAGUGUGCCCCCAACUGAGUGCAAGUGUUGUUUGACUAUAGAAGUUUCAAUACAACUAGGGUAAUUUAGUCAAUACCUUACAAUACUGAAUACUUGAUACCCAGCCCUUAAAGUUAUGAGGUAAAGUGACAUGGCAUGAUUGAUUGCGGCAAGUAUAAACAGUCUACACAGUACGCUUUACAGUGGUACAGUAGCAUAAUAAACAGUAUAAGAUAUAGUACAGGGUGAAGAUAAUCCAGAUAUAGUUUCACAUUUUUGAGGGAAUGAUCAUUUUUGAACCAUUGUCAUUUUUAUUGUAAAAAAUGACUCUUCUUUUUUUGCAAGGAUCUUUACCAAAAAAAAAAAGUUUUCUUAAGUCUGUUAAAUACAAGGGGAGGCUGUGGGUCAGUUGGUAGAGCGGGUUGCCCACUGAUCAAAUGGUCGGUGGUUCGAUCCCUGACCAUGGCAGCCCCGAUGCUGCGUUCAUCCAUUGGAGAAUGAAUUCCCAAUGGUGUCAGGUGGCACCGUUUAGGGUAGCCUCUGCCACCAAUGUGAAUGGGUGAAUGAGCUCAGUCUGUAGUGUAAAGUGCUUUGAGUGGUCACAAAGCGACUAGAAAAGCGAUAUUUACCAUUUGCUUUCAAGUCGAACAUCUCAUCUUCAGAAUCAUGUUCUGACACAUAUUUUUAACAAAUUUAGGAUUUGGAUAUCUGGCACUAUUCCAUAUUAAGAUUUUAAUAAAAAUCUGGAAAAUUGCUAUUUGCCGUCAUAAGGAUCUUUUCACUAAAGAUAUAGCACUAAUGAUAUCAUGAUGCAAACACGCCCAUAACACUUUGAAGCAAUUUGCCUCUUUUUUUCCCCAUGAUUGCAAUUAUCUAAGUGGCAGAGUAUACAUGGGCUAGAUGUUAAAGUGUGGGCUGUGAGGGGUGCAACCCUGAAUAAUUGGAUGUGUACAUGGGCUGGGCUCAUACUGUUUUUGUUUUAAUAAACUGGGCUCGGCUUAUUUAACCCCAAAGAUAAGUAUGUCUUCAGAGAUAAUACUCAUUUAUGCACAACUGCGGGUCUCCAUUGAUUAUUUAAAUCUCCAGAGUCAGACCAGCUGAUCAGUCAGGACCUAAUAUGAAUUAAUGUUAUGUUUUCUUCUACACAUCAAAGAGAUAACACACACACACACACGCACACAGUCUACUUUCACACAGUCUACUUUCACACAGUGAGCGUAUGUGAGCGCAUCAGCUGCUGACAUCACGGGAGUCAGACUGAGACAUUCCUUUAUUAACCUUAUUAAUUCCUCAUAUAUUUAAAUAAAAGAAACAAAGGGAAGCUGUGAGGAGUGUCCUGCCACUUAAUCCCUAAAUCAAGGAGUUUGAGUCUACCUUUUAUUCUUAUAAAUGUGCUUAAUUUACCACCAGUUCUCUGAAGACGGUAAUAAUUCCACUGUAACUGCGUGUCGCUAUUAGUGCCGGUGUUUGUGAAUUGGACUUUUUUUUGCAAUGAGGCUAAUUUGCAUAGAAAGGAGCCGCACCAAAAGUAUGCAUAUUACCUCAUCUAAGUGCAAAUAGAACCGGCGCACCGAGACGCAAUUUGCAUGGCAGCCCAGUUAGGGAUGCAAUUCAGCUUUUGCUGGUGCUUUGAGAAUUGUUUUUGCCUUAUUUGCACAUGUUUUUUGACCACAAAAGCCUCGUAAUCCUUUUGUGAAUUUUCCCCUGAGUUUUGUUUGUGGAUGAAAUGAUCCAGUGGCUAAAUGAGGGUCACAUCUGCUGCACAUUGUAGAGAGGUUGUUCUUGAGAAUGGCUUUGAUUUUGUCUUUCUUCUUCCUCUCCACCACUGACUCCAGACUGUCGAGUUCCUCCCCAACCACAAAGCUGUCUUUCCUUACAAGCUUGUUGAGUCGGCUUUUGUGAACGGUAUUUAAGUUAUAUUUUUUUCUGUGUUUCUUUUUAUUUACAUUGAUAAAGGACUAUAAGUACACCUGUAUUUUAUGCCAGUAAGGUUUUUGUAAGGUUUUGACCUUUUGUAAAUGCUGAAUAUGCAGAAUGCUUUUCAUUUGCGUUGAAAAUAUUUUGAUAUGUUUAAAGAGAAAAAUAAUAUUUGUGGUAUUUAAAUCUUUGUUGCUGCAUCCGCUGUUUUGUUUCAGUUGCAAUAUUAGCUUUGUUUGAUUUUAAAUUCAAUAUGUGGCCUCACCCUGGUUUGGGCUACAUAUAACAUUCCUAUAUUGCAGUGAUACUGAAUUUAUGGCUCGGGAAAUUAAAUUAAACUCGCAAUUUAAGAAAAUAGAUUUGCAAAUUCAGAUUUUUUUUUGUACUUUGAAUGUAAAUGAGGUUCCAUUAGCAUUAAAAACAUCAA